GGCAAUCUUGUUUAGUCUGCAAAAUCACUCCCACAAUCCGGUGCCGGGCGCGGUAUCUUAAAUAAUACGUUUAAUUUUAAAAUUGUGUAAGAAAAUUCGAUAUUUAGUAUAUACACAUGUAUAGUUGGUAUUUGGUAUCCAUAAUAUUAUAUUAUUGAAUACUAUACAAUCAAUAACAAUAAGUGUUGAAGUGAGAAUAAGGAGGUGAAUCCAAAAAUUUAAUUGGAAUACAAACAUGGAAUCAUUACCCAAACAAUUCGUUUCAGCAAUGAGAACUUUAUUCGAUAUUAUGGAUGAUAAACGGACAGGGUAUGUUAAAUUAACAGACAUUGAAAACCGCUGGCGUGAUGAUCGUACUAAAGGUUUACCCCACGGCGUUAUUGAGAGCCUCCAAAAAGUUGCUUCACACGACGGCUUUUUAACAUUUGACAGUUUUUGUACUGGCCUUAAAAUAUGUCUCCUGCGUAAUCAAGUUCAGAACACUUCAAAACAAAUGGAAAUUGUAAGUGAAGAGGUCGAGGAUGUUAAUUUUCACUCGCAGACGAGUUCACAAGAUCAUCGACCUCCUUCAGCUCCAAUAAUAAUUGACUUGAAUAAUGCACAGAAUCGAGAAAGACAUUGGAAUGCCAUUAAAAAACCUGGUUCGCAACACCGUACACAUAGUAUGCCACAUUUAGCUGAAGAUAAAAGUUCGCAUGAGAAAUCACACCUAGGAACAUCACUUUUAUCCAGCCACGAAAUAAUUCAUAGAGGAUAUGGUCCUCCGAAACCACCCAGACUUGAAAAGAUAAUAGAUAACAAAGAUACUAUAAGAAUUUUAUCUGACACAGAAAAAAGUAAUAAUAGUAAAUUGGAAAUUGAAGAGAUAACUGAAUCAAUAGAAGUACAAGGUCGGGGUUUGGGAGACGGGCGUUCCGCAACUGGAUCACAAUCCUAUUUAAGUCGCACAUCUAGACGUAGAGAACCCCGUCGACACACCUUGCAUAACGGUGUCGACUAUAAUUUGUUAAAGAAGAUGAAACAAAUUGAACAAGAGAAGGAUAUCUUGCUACAAGGUUUAACUGCAGUAGAAGAAGCUCGCGAGUGGUACCUCAAACAGCUUGCAGAAGUGCAAGACAAAAUGCGAUACGCUGGGAGGAUGGGUGCUUAUGUGGAACCCUAUAAUGAGGCACACCAGGAGCGCUUAGAAUUACUACGGGCUCGAAUUUUAGAACUCAACCGGCAAUUAGGGGCACUAGCAACGGCGACUGGUUGGCGUCAUUGGCCCCUGUCAUUGCAUAUGAACUUGGCUUUACCUGCAACAAUAUUCAAUGCUACAUCGAAUACUGGCAGCAAUGCUUCAGUGUUGAGAUCGCAGAAUAGAAUGCUCGCUGAGGAGGUAAACAAGAAAAACAAAAGGAUAUCGGUAUUGGAAAGAGAGAAAUCUGCCCUCAUCAGAGAAUUAUUACUUCAAAGAAAUAGAACAAAAAUGAUUGAUAAUUUCAGUUAAAUCUUAACAUAAAUAGCACAGUAUUAAAUUUU